UGCUGCUUCAGUGGUGACAGGUUGACUCAGCUUCACACAAUCAUUUUCCCUAAAUUUCAGGAUAACCCUUGUUCUUUGAGCAGCGCCUUCACUAAAAUAGGAUUGUUUCAUUUUCAUCCUCACCCUUGGACAAUUUCUAUAGAAGAGACGGCAGUCAGAGCUGGACACUGACAGCAAUUUCUAGCAUGCAAGACGAGAAUUUAGAAGCUUCUUCGUCUAUUUCUCAGAUUCUGAGAGAGAACUAUAGUGCUGCAACAAGAAUACAUCAAGAGAGCAUAGAACAAAGUCUAUCAAUCUCUUCAUCGCAUUCGUAUCAUCAUAGUGUCUGCUCCAGUAGAGUAGAUGACCUAUGUGAAGCUGAUGACCUCACUGAUCUUUCUGCUUUUCUGAGCCAGGAAGAAUUAGACCAAAGUGUACAUUUGGCAAGACAAGCCAUUGACCAAGAUGGGAAACAGAAAGAAGUACAGACUGAUAUUAAAUGUCCGCCGAGAGAACUAAAAAGACAGUCUAGACCUGUUGUAAGAACACCAGUGACCACACCGAGCAAACCAACACUCAAUGACAAAGAAGAAGAGUUAAAUUUUUAUCAGGGACAUGUCAUAAAAGGGUCGAAAAACUCUACAGAGGGAACGAAAGAUUUGAAAAAAACACAAAGAACAACCCCAUAUGGAAAUGAAACAGAAUCGAAAAAGGAAUUUCUGAAUAAAGCUGCAGAUUUUAUUGAGGAGCUAUCUUCACUUUUCAAAGCCAAUAGUUCCAAAAGAAUUAGGCCUAAGACGUUAAAAAAUCGAAGGAGCAAACGCGACUUAAAAAGCGGGACACCUGAGCAGGAAAUCUCUAAUUACACUAGCCAGUUAGAAAAUCGAGAGAGGCCUCACUACACGCCAGAAAAGACAGAAAUAAACACUACUAUCUCUGAGGAGGCUAAUAGUUUGGAAGCAUUGGAUCCAGAAUCUGAAAAGGAGUCUUUGCAAGUUGAAAACGAUACUCAGUGUUCCUCUUUUUAUUUUGAAGAGGCAGUUGGGCGACCUCCAAAUUUUAUUCAGAAAUUAAAAAGUAGGGAAGUUACUGAGGGGAGCAAAGUGCAGUUGGACUGUAUUGUGGUUGGAUUUCCAACACCUGAAGUAAGGUGGUACUGUGAAGGAAAAGAGUUAGAGAAUUCCCCAGACAUCCAGAUCCAGAAGUCUGGAGAUCUGAAUUCUCUAGUUAUUACAGAAGCUUUUGAAGAAGAUACAGGGCGCUAUUCCUGCUUUGCUUCCAACAUCUAUGGCACGGAUUCAACAUCUGCAGAGAUUUAUGUAGAAGGUGCCUCUUCUUCAGAGUCUGAAGGGGACACAAUCAAGACUGAGGCGGAUGAGCCUGAACCUUCUGUACCUGAGACUCAAGAAGCAUCUAACACAGAUACAUAUCAAGAAAUGAAUAUUCCGCCCAGCAUUGUACCAACUAUGCAGCCAACAAUAAUACAGCAGUGCCAAAGUCCCAAUGCAUACUUGCAAGGUCUUGAUGGGAGACCACUUAUUGCUGCUCCUGUUUUUACAAAGAGCUUACAAGAUCUGACUGCUUGUGAGGGGCAGCUGGUUGUGUUUGAAAGUCGAGUGAAAGGAUCUCCGUCUCCAAAGGUUGAAUGGUAUAGAGAAGGAACACUGAUUGAAGAUUCCCCAGAUUUUCGGAUCUUGCAGAAGAAGCCCCGGUCAAUGGCAGAACCAGAAGAGAUAUGCACUUUAGUGAUAGCGGAGUUCUUCUCUGAGGACUCUGGCAUGUUUACAUGUACUGCAAGCAACAAAUAUGGCACCACUUCAAGUAUUGCCUAUUUAACUGUAAAAGGGUCUAAUGAAAACAACAUUAACGCUCCCUUGUCAAUAAGCACAAUAAAAAUAGAUGCCUUCAAACGGGAACCUUUGCCUUCCACUCCUGAGCCUGUGGCAAUAGUCAACCCCCCACCCAAGCCUAAACUAGAAGGAGUUCUUGUGAAUCACAAUGAACCAAGACCAAGCUCUAAAAUUGAGAAAAGAGUGCAUUUCAAGUUACCAGAAGAUGACAAAGAAAUCGAAACUUCCUCCGAAGAAGGAGGCACAGCACAAAAGCAUCUUGUGCCUGACAUGCCAGAUAUGAUCAAUGGUCAAACUUUUGGGUCAUCAGGUCCUUCUUUUAAAGAACCCCCACCUGUGUUUGCAAAGCCUAAACUAGACCCUCUGAAGUUACAACAGCUUCAUAACCAGGUUAUGACUGAACAGCAACAACAGCCGCCCUCAUCCCCAGAUUCCUUUGCAAGGAACACCAUGUCGAGUACACCUGUACAAAACUCUACUGGUGCUCAGCCUUAUAUUCUUGCCCGACCCCAGCAGUUUAUUUCUGGCUCAGAUCCAAUUAAUAGCACACCGGUGUCUCCUAAAUAUCCCUUUUCCACUUCUGGCAUAUCACCAAUAAGACCAUGGAUUUCAAACAGAGAAAAUAUUCCAGAAGUCUACACUGAGGCUGGAUCAUCUACAGCCAGAAGUGAACCUUCCACUGCAACAGAAUCCAUCUUUUCGUCUCCACCUUCUGCACUAAAAAGACAAUUUCAGGCACAGACUGUGUCUCCCACUGCAAUGUCCCCUCCACGGAUUCAGAAUCCUGCUGCAUUUCUCAGUUCAGUUCUCCCAUCAUUGCCAUCUUCUCCACCUCCUCCUCCUCCCACAAAUGAGAUGGGGCUGCCAAAAACGUCAUCUUUGCCUGCUUCUGGAGCUGCAAAGAAAAAUGUAAAAACAGUACGGUUUGGCCCUGAAGAUCAAAAUCGUGAGAAUAAGAAUUUUGUUGUAAAAGAGUUGGAGAGAAAGCUGUCAUUUAGAGAUAGUCCUCCACAAUAUAUUCCACGGCAGCAGGAGUACAAAAUAUCCAGCUUUGAGCAGAGGUUGAUGAAUGAAAUAGAGUUUCGUUUGGAGCGCACCCCGGUGGAUGAAUCAGAUGAUGACGUUCAGCACGAUGAAAUCCCAACUGGAAAGUGCAUUGCACCUAUUUUUGACAGACGGCUCAAACACUUCCGGAUUGUAGAAGGAACUUCAGUUACAUUCACUUGCAAAGUUGUUGGGAUACCCAUACCCAAGGUUUAUUGGUUUAAAGACGGCAAGCAGAUAUCAAAGAAAGAUCAACAUUGUAAAAUGCAGAGGGAAGCAGAUGGAACAUGCGCUUUAUAUAUUGAAGCUGCAACUAACGAUGACGAUGGGAACUACACAAUUAUGGCAGCAAAUCCACAGGGAAGAAUCAGUUGCUCUGGCCAUUUGUUGGUGCAAACAGCUCCGUUCCGGCCUCGGUCUCUUCUCCCUGUUCAGUCUCACAGGGUAAGGCCACGUCUUUCAGAAGUAGAGAGCGAGAUAGUAGAGGAGCGAUUCUUCCGACCAUACUUUCUUCAGGCUCCAGGAGAUAUGGUUGCACACGAAGGACGACUCUGCCGACUCGAUUGUAAGGUAAGCGGGCUUCCAACUCCAGAUAUUAUGUGGCUACUCAAUGGAAGGCAAGUUAAACCAGAUGCUGUCCACAAAAUGCUUGUCAGGGAGAAUGGAAUUCAUUCGCUCCUUAUUGAUCCUCUAACACAAGCAGAUUCUGGGACCUACACUUGCAUUGCAACUAAUAAAACCGGGCAAAACUCAUUCAGCUUGGAGCUCAGUAUCAUGGCAAAAGAAGUCCAAAAAGCACCAGUAUUUUUGGAAAAACUUCAAAAUUGUGGCGUCCCAGAAGGCCAUCCAGUCAGAUUAGAGAGUCGAGUUGUUGGAAUGCCCCCACCAGUGUUCUAUUGGAAGAAAGACAACGAAUCCAUUCCGGCCAAUAGACAACGGAUAAGCAUGCAUCAAGAUAACACUGGUUACGUGUGCCUUCUCAUCCAGCCUGCUAGAAAAGAAGAUGCAGGAUGGUACACGCUGUCAGCAAAGAAUGAAGCAGGGAUUGUAUCCUGCACGGCAAGACUUGAUAUUUAUGCUCAGUGGUACCAGCAGAUUCCCCAGCCAAUCAAAAAGACCCGAUCAACAGGUUCUCGGUAUUCCAUGUUUUCAGCUUUAGAUGCCCUCAACUCUCAUCCCUCUGUAGUAACACCACUGAGUUAUUCAUCGUCAACACUGGAAGUGGUAGAAAGCGAAGAGCUGUGAAUGGAACUGACGUCAGUGACAAUGAAACUGUGAAGAAAAUACAGCUUGAACGUUUACAAAAUUGUUUUAAACAGGGAUAGAAACCCCUGUUUGGCUUCAGUGUUUUGCCAAUAUAAAAUAAUCUGACUGCCAUGUAGUACUUUUUCAGUGCCAUUGGGGGGGCUCAGCCCUUUUUGGCAGUGAACAGGUUAAUAUAGGUUUGCAGUAUAUGUAGCCCGGAGUCGCCAGCAGUACUCUGUAUGCCCGUGGCACUGACACUGAUGCAGUGUGAUCUGUUUGAUGUUGUAUAAGUACCCUAUUUAAAUAUUUAUGUUCACAAACAAAAGGAAGUAAAGACCUAUAGAGGUUAUAAUAAUAAUAUAUAAAUGUGCCUUAUUUGUAUUUUACCUGAUUCUUUGUUAAAACAAGGUUGCUUAUACAGUAGAAGGUUUUCAUGUAAAAGUACCAUCUCGUACUAUUUAACAAAUGGCGGUUUGUUAAUAGGAAGUGAAAAUGGGAUGUAUUCUCUAUUAAAGUUACAACAUGUUGCAUA